AUGAUCUUUUUAGAGCCUGAAGUAGACUACUUUAGAAUACGCCUACAUCAACUUGCAUUACCACAUGAACUUUGUCGCUCCACUUCAGUCAAACGCUCUUCCUGUAGCGUUGAAGAAACAACAACAACAAAAACAAAAACAACAAAGAUUGAAGGAGAAGAAGAGACUGUCUCUUUAGAAGAAAAGGCAGAGGCCCUUCAUCGUGCCUUACUAACCGCCCUCUAUCAAAGAUUUCCCUAUGAAAGUCCAGAUACAUUGGAGAAUGUUUAUAUACUAUCCGUUACCCAUCUGGCCUCACCGCCCCUCGCAGGAAUGAUGUUAACUUCAGAGGAACUCGCGGCUCUUCAAACCUCAGAAACUUUUCUUCCACCGGAGUUGCGUUCUCGAACGUUUCCAUCUCAUCUGAAUGCCAUUCUUUCUGCAAGUGCUCCCACUUGUAAAAGUAGUAGCGAAGGAACAGAAACGGUUGAAGGGAAUGAAAAAAAUAAAGUAGAGAGUAAUGUUCAUACUCGUCAAUUUAAUGAUACAUAUUUUAUUCUAGCACCUGAACUUACGAAGGAACAACAACAGUUAUAUCAACGAACGCAUGGAAAUGUAAAUGGAACAUGGUAUAAACGAAAAACUUCUAUGGAAACUUCACCAACCAAGUCAACGACAGCAUGGAAUAAUAAAACAUCAUUGACUGGGGAAGAUAAUGUAAAGAUUGCAGAAGGUAUGAAGGGAUUUCGUGUAAUUGAUGGUAAUAUGAUUCAUUACGUAACUGCAGGACAGACUUCUCGUGAUGAUCAAGUAUCACGAUCUUUACAGUUUUCUGUUUUUAAGAUUCCUCUUUCUCGAUUUGAACCAGAUGAACAACAGUAUUAUACCAAUAAACGUGAGGAAACAAGAUUUUGGGGUAGUGUCCUAUCAUCAUCAUCAUCAUCUAGUAAAGAAAAUAAUCCUACCUCAUCUUCAGAGGAAUAUUUAAAUAAAACUAUGCGAAAUAUGUUAGCAUAUGAAAUACCAGAAAGAUAUCGUACAGAAGAUGAUGCAUCCAUGGCACAGUUUUUUUCCAAGUGUGGAUCUAUUUUACGUUCCUACUCCACACCUAUGACUGGAGUAAAGGAAGAGGUAAAAGAUCAGAAAGAAACAUGUAGCUCAACAGAGAAACCCAUUCUUACACCAAAUUCUUCUGAACCUCGUAAAUCAAGAGAAGGUGGUGGUAUCUUUUCUGCAUUUGGAGUUCGACGUCUUGUAUAUUCCUUUGCCCCAUGUGAUUGUUAUCACCUCGUUACCGAUGAUAAUAAUCCUCUUUAUUAUGCCAAGUCUAGUCGAGCCGCGUAUGAUGCUCGUACGGUGAGUAUUACCCUCGUAUCUGACUUGACGACAUCGCCGUGGUUAUCGCCAACCAUAUCACUCGCACGGUGUGCUGGCUCGGCAACACAAAUGAUGACAGGAAGUGGAGGCAUCUCAACAGGGGGAGUCAAUGCCGCCGCGCUUGAAGGACUCGUCUCUUCUAAUCAACCAUCACGCGCAGCAUCGCCAGAUCCAAUUGCCUCCCUGAGGCGUUCAUCUGCCCGUGAUAGCGGUAGAAGUCCUUCUCCACAGCCACUGCUGCCAAGGAAAAAAAAGGGUCCAAGUGGAUCACGAACAUCAUUUGAGAAUUUAACAUCAAAAACCGAUGGGUUUCUUCGACUUACUACAUCCCUUUCCUGUAACAAUAUUUCUGGUAAUCCAAAACACAGAAAAGAGAGUCUUUUAGAGAAAGGACUUUCACUAAAUGAGCAACAGUUACCCGAUGAGACAAAUAAUUCACAUAAUAAUAUAGGUAAUAAAAAAGAACGUAUACAACAAAAUGGUAUUGUUGAUAACCUUUUUAGACUUCUAGCUACCUCUUCUGUGGCUCAACAUCAACUGCGUCAUGGCACUAUUAGACCAGUAGUCUCUAUUGCCGUUCUUGAUAGGGAAGAAGGUCCUUGUGGUAGAAGUCUUCUAGCUAAAAAUGAUUCAGACAAAAUUAACUGUCACGGUCUGCUUGAUCACACGUGGUACUCAAUACCAGUUCAGCGGGUACCAAAGAUACAGGAUGACGUUCAAUGGAUGCCUAUCAUAUUUGGAAGUACAGAAUGUGUUAGUGAUGUGGGAUAUCGCACUGCUAUGCAAAUAGGAUUCUUUCCAAAGAAGCAAAAGGUGGCUGAGUCGGGCCCUAACAGCCGUUGGACAACUGAUGGCAUCCUUCCCACACUAGAUGGAGCAAAACAAUCUUUAAACACAGCUUCUCAUCAAACAAAAAGUGCACUAGCACCCCGAGACCCUAAUAUAACAAAUACCAAAACGAGUGAUGCUCAAUACCCGAUGAAAACGACACCCUCUUCAGGAACAGCAUCUACCAAUACGGUACAACUUCAAAGUGAUGAUCAACCGGCUAGUGUUACUGCUCGAAGGGGUGGAGUUGCGAUGUCCUUUGGUACUGGAAAUGAAGAGAAACCAGCUAGUGUU